AUGUCGCCCCCGGCCGCUGCCACCUCGGCCGCCUCCCCGGGGCCCGCCGCCGGGGUCCUCGCGAAGAGUCCAACGCCCACCUGGACGGGAAGGAGGGCAACCGCCCAGAGAGGAGCCGCCCUGGAUGGACAGAGGGACGGAGGGACGAGCAUCCAGCUGCUUGUGUCCGGCUGCCCGCAGCAGUCUCCGACACCCGCUGCUGCCCGCCCGCUGCCCGCCUGCCUGGCAUCUCUCGAUCCCGAGAGGGCCCCAAGCGUGAGGCUGACGGUGGAGAUCCAGGCUGCCUUCCUGGGCCGAGCAGCAGAGUUUUCCUGGGAUCCAACCUGGUUCUGUGGAGGCUGGUCCCAGAUAUACUCCUCAGACGGGCCCCCGAGAGGAGGAGAGAAAAACUUCCUAGCAGGCAGAACUGUGCAAAGACGGAAGGGACUUCCUCAGGAGGAAAUACGCUCCCUGUCUGCAAAAGGAGGCAAGUGGCGUCCGCAGCCGGAACGGGGACCAGCCCUAGGACCUGAAGCCAUAAGAUUUGUUUUCCAAGCGAGGUGGAGAAUGGUUCUCUUGUUACCAACAUGGCUUCUGGGCAUUGGCCCCGGGGCGGCAGUGACACCCAUCUUCUGGAGGUGGACACUGAGGCUCAGUGGGGCCACUGCCUGCCCCUUGAGAGGCCGAGGGCCUGGGGGAGGGGGCUUGGGCAGAUUAGAGCAACCUGGGCCCCUUGUCUGCGAUCGCGGAAGCCGGCGCCCCGAGGAGGUUGUGCUCAAGCGCUCCAAACGUUUGUGGAUUCCUCCACCUCCCUCUGCCUGGCAUCCACAGACACGUGAAGCGGCAGCGCCACCGCUCACAGCGCUGGCAGCGUGCGUCACCUGUAACCAUGUGCCGGGGCUGGGGCCUCCUGGCUCGGCGAGGACUUGGUGAUGGAUGGGAUGGGAGGCUGGGGGGACAGAGAGAGAGGGGGAAGAUUUAUUCAGUGAUGAAUAAGACCCCGGGCCUACGCUCAAAGAGUCACGGUCCGAGAGGAGGGACAAAUCAGUAAAGAGCCAGGGUGCUGUAAGAUGGGGGCCUGGGAGCACAUCGCCCAGCUGGGAGGUUGGGGAAGAAAGACUUCCUGGAGGAGGUGACCGUGGAUGGAGCCUCAAAAGAUAGUGAAAGUUCACCAGACAGAGAAAUUGAAGGGGUAAGAAAGGAGCUGGCACUGGGGGGGAGGAGGAGAAGGUGGAUGGUGUGUGACGGGGGAGAGGCCCCACUAGGCCGGUGUGCUGAAGCCAAGUAGGGGCAGGGAGGGUGGGAGAGGUGGGCAGAGGGCAGUGAGGGGGGCUCCCGAGGACCCAGGGUGCCCUGAUAAGGGAUAUGGACUGGAUCCUGAGUGCAGUGGGGUUGUCACUGAAGGAUUUUAGAGGGGUCAGAUUUGUGUUCUAGAAAGAUCAUGUGGGCUGGUCUAUGCCAGUCUGCUUUAUUACUGUUUUCACAGGAUGGAGCUCAGUGUCUGGCACACAGUAGGUGCUCAAUAAAUGUUUUGAAUCAAUGCAGAAUGCCAGCAGUGUUCCCUGAGGCAGUGGUUAACUCCAGCUCAGGGACCUUGGGCCUCAGUUUCCUCAUCUGUAGAGCGAGGGGGGCAGCCCCUGCUUCGUGAGAGUGUCGUGAUGGUUAAGGGAGUAGCGCACAGGGGCCUUCGCUUCGUGUCCUACGCGUGGUCAGCGCUCCAUAACUGGUGCCUUAUGAAGCGGGUGCCAGGUGUGCUGUGGGCAAGACGGAGGCGGGGCCCGGGCGAGGAGCGACUGAGUCGUCUUUGAAACAAGCUGAUGAAGAAGGCACUAUUGUCCCCCCUAUUUUAUCGUCCAGGUAACUGAGGCUCAGAGAGGUGAAGCAACUUGCCCAAGACCCCUCAGCAGGUUUCCUGGUGACCUGGCCCAAAUGGGUGAGAGACCUGGCCCUGCGGGUGGACGGGCGCUUCUGGCCGAGGAGACCUCUGAGGAGCGCCGCAUCCUUUUGCCUGGACAUCUUUGCCCCCGGGGGGAGAUCUCUCUACUUCGGGAUGCAGUGAGCCGCCAACCUGCAGUUUUUAGAGGCUUGCUGCCUUUGAUUUGGUGGGAGGGGCAGAAGGAGGAAUAACGGGGGAGAAAAAUGCCUCAACUGCUCUUCCUGAAGGAGCGAGACCCCCAGCCAACAGAUCACCCAGAAGCUUAGCCUCAGCCUCUCCCACAAGAGGGACCCGGGUGUCUGCUGGGAGUCCGGGAGGGCUGGAGGGUGCCAGGUGAAAGCCCACGUCUGGCGGUACCCCUCCCUCCUGGCACCAAUGGUGGUCGCCAUCAGGCCGAUGCGCUGGGCUUCUGACUUCACAUCCCAGCUGAGAGUGGGAGGGCUGAACUGCCCUGGUGCCCAGGGCUGUGAGUGACCCAUGGCCUAGGCCGGGGAUGGGGUUGUGUGGAGAAGCUCCAGGGGCCUGCCGGUGUGAGCGGGGAUGGGGGCAUCUGGAGAGGAGAGAAGGAGGCUGCCCCAGGCCUUCUGUGGCCACAGCCACCUCAGCCCUUCUGUAUAUGGUUCAUUCAGCUCCCCGCCUUCUGCCCCCUAUCCUACAGGCCCCAGGCCUUGUCUCUCUGGUGGAGGAGGUCAGCAGGCAGACCCCCAGGACCUCUGUGGGGCCAGGCUCCCGUGAGGGAGGCAGAGCAGAUGAAUUAUCUCGGGAACCCGAGGCUCCGAGAGCAGGUCUUGCUGUGGUUCCCUCGCCCCCAUCAGGCACUUCUCCUGAGGGAGCCCACUCAGAGCCCCCUUCUUUCUGGCGCAGUUGUGAUACCCUGGUGCUGCGAUUGCCUAGACCAGAGCAGAAUAACAGGUCAUUAGAAGGUGCAGGGACGGACAGAGGGAGGGUCCAGGAAGAGGGAAACAGUUGCUAAAACUUAAACAUUUGCUAAGAGGGUAGAUCUUAUGUUAAGUGUUCUUAUCACAAAACAAACAAAACACUCUGUUGCUAAGUUGGCCUUGUUGAUGACAACAUUUGCAGCCUGCUUUUAAGGGCGGACACAGAGCCGCUCUUUAACCACAGGUCACCCAGGGGCCCUGCGAGGCGGCUGCUUGUCAGAGGACCCGCGGAUGGCCUCCUGGCUCAGCGGCUGCUGUCGUGACUUGGUACAAGGGGAGGCUGCACUUGUAUAACACUUUGUUAAAGUGAACCAGGUCUAAAGAAAGAGCCAUGCCCAGGGGCCAGCCUGGUGGCAGAGUGGGUAAGUUCGCACGUUCCACUUCGGUUCAACGGUUUGGAUACCGGGUGCGCUUGGCACCGCUUGGCAAGCCAUGCUGUGGCAGGCUUCCCACGUAUAAAGUAGAGGAAGAUGGGCACGGAUGUUAGCUCAGGGCCAGUCUUCCUCAGCAAAAAGAGGAAGAUUGGCAGCAGAUGUUAGCUCAGGGCUGAUCUUCCUUAAAAGAAAAAAAAAAAAAGAGUCUUGCCCAGAGACGCCCAUUGAAUAGUGAACAGCUGGCCACCAUCUUAGUGUGCAGCUGUGGGGGGCCUGUGAAAUGAAUUAUAGCAUGGUUCUAUGACAGAAUAUAACGCAGCCACCAGAAAUGAUGUUGAUGAGGAAUUUCAGUGACAUAGGAAUUGUUUUUGGUAUAAUCUUAAGUAAAAACCAGGAUAUAAAACAAUAUAUGCAUAUAUAUAACUUCAGUACAAAACAAAAAGAAACAUAUAGCUCAAGUUCUUUUAAAAAUGUGUAGAGGGGCUGGCCCCGUGGCCAAGUGGUUAAG